AUGGGCUUGACAACAACAUUGACGUGUCUGCCAAAACAAGGAAUCGGUAGGUUGACUUCUCUCCGGACGUUGUACUUUUACGAGUGUGACAAUUUGGAGACUUUGGGUGAAGGGAUAGAACAUCUCUCUUGCCUUCGGGAUUUGGUCUUACAGAGCUGUUCUAAGCUGGUUUCAUUGCCAGCUGGCUUUAGGCACCUCAUUUCCCUCGAGCGUUUGGAAAUUUGUAGGUGUGAAAGUCUUAAUUUAUCGGAGGAUGAUGAUGAUUUAAAGGGGCUUAUAAGUCUUAAGAAUUUGAGAUUAGUUCAUCUCCCAAGGUUGGUGAAUUUGCCCAAGGGGCUUCUGGAUGCUACUGCUACGCUCACUCAUUUGAUGAUUGUAGGCUGUGAGAACUUUACUUCACCAUCACAGUCCGUCCUCCCAAAUCUCCUAUCACUUCAAUCGCUUGAAAUAGUUUUUUGUGAUAAGGUUGCGUCCCUGCCAGGAGGGAUGCAACGCCUCACUGAGCUACAGUAUUUGUGGAUUUACCGGUGUAGGCUCAACACCAGCGGAUAUCGUGAAGGAGGAGAGGAUUGGCCAAAGAUCGCCCACGUACCUAAUAUUGAAAUUGAUGAUUAA